GAAUACUUAAGGACCGUUCCAACUCUGCACGGGCCUUAGAGGGACUCUUAACAAACAAAGGAUAUCUGGGGGAAAAGCUGGAAGACUGAAACUAUCCAGAAUGUCAAUCGCCCAGGCAGCGGCCAAGGCCAUGUUAUCCGAUGCCCUGCUGCAGGACAGCUCUGGGAUAUACAGGAUCAACCACCUGGAACUGGAGCUUCCCCUGGACAAGGUCAUCAAGUAUGUGUCUGUGGGCCUCCCACUAAUGCUGGUUUGCAUGGCCUUCGCCCGCGAGAUCUCCCUGGGGCCUCAAAUCAGUUGCUUCACUCCCAGCAAUUUCACAGCUAAGCAGGCCAGCUAUGUAGAUACGUACUGCUGGGAUUCUCUCAUGCAUCAUGAGUUCGAUGGUGACGGUAACUUUGAGGAGCGCUCGCUCUGGGUGCACAAAAUGUUUCCUUACUCUCUUCUGGCCAUGGCCAUCCUGAUGUACCUGCCGACUCUCAUCUGGCGCCAGCUUGUCACGCCCACACUGGGCUCAGACCUGCUCUUCAUAAUUGAUGAACUUGACAAGUCGUACAACCGAUCAGUGCGACUGGCCCAAAGCAUCCUGGAUAUGCGGCAGACUACUAAAAACCCACUCACAUUUCAGGCUGAGCUUCAAAGGGCCAAGCGGAAGCGAUACUUUGAGUACCCCCUUCUGGAAAGAUACAUGCAGUGCAAACAGAAUUCCUACUUCCUCGUCAGCAUGCUGUUUCUGCGAGGCUUCCUCCUGCUGACCUUUAUGACCUCUGCCUGCCUCUAUCUUGCCUACUUCCACCUUUCGGCCUUGCUUCAGGAUGAGUUUAGCUGCUUUGUCCGUACGGGCAUGCUGCGGGAUCAGAACUGGAUUCCAGAACUUGUUCAGUGCAAAAUGAUUGGCCAGCUGGUUUUCCAAGUGAUAAGUGUGGUCAAUGGUGCGAUCUAUGUCCUGCUGGGGCCCAUCGUCCUCUUCAGCAUUAUCCGACUCUUUGUUUGGGACACCAGCUUCAUCUCUGUGUAUGAGGUCCUCCCAGCCCUGGAUCUCAUCAACCGCCAAAGACUAAGCUGUCCACUGAAUGACCUCAAUGUCCUCCUGCUGUUUUUGCGUGCUAAUGUAGCUCACCUGAAGUCCUAUGGCCAGGUAAGAGCGUUGUGCUCUCUCGCUCCACCACAAGUAGGCAGCGCUACGGCUGGGAAGGGCUUGAAUGCAAUCCUGACACAAGAAGAACUAGAGGAACGAGAAGAGGCUGCAAUGGAGCUGGCAGAGGAAGUGGGGGAGGCCAAGGAGGAAGGGAAACUCAACUUGGUGGACAUCAUGACUAUUCUGGGAGCAGCUCAGGGACGAGUGGUGAAUUGCAGUGAGAAGGAGCCUCUAAUGGAAGAAAAUAUGAGUCUGGGUACCACAACACUUAUCUAUACAUUAAAACGCAUUCUUUUAGUGGCUAUUUUCCUCUUCAUCAUCUGGGAUGUACAGAAAAUCAUUAAGUAAUCUCCAGAAUUUCAACUGCUGCUUAUACACUGCUUUACAUAUUGUCAUGUAAGGAGAUUCAAUUUAGGUGAAAGCAGAUUAAAAGCAACUUAAACUCUAGGCAAUUAAUUCAGAAGGAUUUGUGUCUUUGUCUUUUAAAGCUCCAUUGCUUUUCUUUGUAAAACCAAAAGACCUGCAGCAUUUGCAAGCGAGUCUAUUCAGUGUCUGGCAGAUGCAGAAGAGAUGGAUUUGUGGUACUUCUUUGCCCUAACUGACCUCUCUGUUUCUUCACAGAGCCAAACCACCAGGGGUACCAUGAGUUGAAGGAGACUGCACCAUUUAGUCAUUACUAGGCCUUCAAUGGACUGAAUCAAUGUCAUAGAAA